CAUUAAGCAUCCCUGUAAAAUCUGUUAUACAUUAAACAGCUGAUUUCUAGUGAUUCGCAUUCGACUGAGAAGUUUUUUUCAUUUGUUAAAUUUCCAAAUAAAUAUUGAAUAAUAAAACAUUUAUAUUUUAUAAGGAGUUUAUUAUUUAACAGAUCUAUUCGCAUCGGAAAUGUUGCAGCGCGCCCGUACAAAUCUGUUAACUCACCUGUUUCGGAAUCCUCGUAUAUGUCGAUAUGUCACAGCCACAGCAGAGAGCAAUGCCACAGGCACGGAAAGUAGCGAUAGUCCACCUCGCGAUGAAACACCGUUGGAUGAGUUUACGAAAGAGUUUCUUCAAAAUCGCAUAGAAAUGUCACCGUUUCAGAAGAUACUACUCGGUGCGGGUUCGUCGAUUGCCGCCCUAAUCGAUCCACGGAGGCAUGACAUGAUCGCCGCUUUAGGAGAAACCACAGGUGAAGCGGCAUUGCGGAAUAUCUUACAGACAAUGUCAGCCACUGCCGAGGGUCAACGCAUACUAAAACAGAAGCCACGUAUAAACACACAUACUGUGGACAUGGACCAUUUACGUUCCUUAGGAGAGAAUACUCUUGGACGGGUCUACGUUAAGUUCUUGGAUGAUAAUAAAGUCACACCUGAUUCGCGUAUGGAAGUACGGUUCAUUCACGAUCCCUUGCUGGCGUAUGUGAUGACACGUUAUCGUGAGUGUCAUGAUCUGGUGCACACGGUGCUGGGAAUGCCCACUAAUAUGCUGGGGGAAGUGGCCGUCAAGUGGGUUGAGGCGUUGAAUAAUGGACUGCCUAUGUGCUAUGGUGGUGCAAUAUUUGGGGCCAUGCGACUACGUCCUAAACAGCGGAAGGAAUAUGUUUCACGCUAUUUACCUUGGGCUCUGAGGAAUGGCAAGGAAAUGAAACCAUUAAUGCCUGUAUUUUGGGAAGAACGUUGGGAACAAGAUAUUGGAGAGCUUCGCAGAGAAUUGAAUAUAACGAUCUUAAAAUGAUACUCGUAAAGUCACAAAUUUGAAUAAUAUGUACAUAUACAUAUGUAUGUAUGUACACACAUUUGUGCUAAACGUUGUGCGUUUGUAAUCCAUGGUUUUUUACAUACUUUAUUAUUAAAAAAAUGAACAAAAACAAAUAAAACGAAAUAAAUCAAAAUUUCAACAGAUUAUUUAUGUACAUAGGUGUGCACAUACGCACAAACUAUUUUUUUAUUUUGUUCUGUUCUAAUAAGAAUCUAUUGUAAUGAUCACAUACUAAAUGAAUUGCGGCAACACUGUCCGAAGAUCAUCAAUUGUUGAUGAUGUGUUUGACAUUUCUCGCUGCUGUGUUGGUUGGUAAAUAUUCAUAUUCUUAAUUUUGUUUAAUCGGUGUCCGAUGUUUUGUAUGCAAUCAAUUUAAAAAUUGUCUGCUCAUUAAUAUAUUAAAAGGUGGCUUAGUUUACAUUUAGACAUGUCGAACAAAUUCGACGGCUUCAGUCAGGAUGAGAUAAAGAAAGUUUCUGGAGGUUCUACUAACAGAAGUAAUCAAGGCCAGCAAAUAGCGGAUAC